AUGGAAGGAUGUCUCCUGCCUGAGAGGAAGCUAUCGGGUGGAGGAGCCUCCGAGAGGGUCGAGCUGACAGACAGAUAUCUCUACCGCCGCUCAGUCAGAGGUUUAUCUCCAGGUGCUGCUAACAUGGAAACAUCUCUGACCGACACCGCAGACCACCGCCGCCAUGAAUCAAACCGGUUUUAUGACGAAUAA